AUGAAUCCCGAAUCGCAUUUAAGUAAUCGACGAGAUCCAUGGAAAAACUAUGGUUCAACGAUAUUAGCAACUAGUGAUAGCAACGUGGUAGAUGAUGAUCUUGAUCUCGAUUUGCAAGAAGAGUCUCAUCGUGAUAAGGGAUCAAAUCUGUCCGCCUAUUUCAAUAUCAUCUGUAUUGUUGCGGGAUCAGGAACUCUCGGUAUUCCGUAUGCCAUACAACAAGGAGGAUGGAUAACUAUAUUAUUCUUGAUCCUUUCAUCAAUGAUGAAUGUAUAUGCAAACAUUAAACUAAUUGAAUGUCUAUAUCAUGAUGGUAAAUCACGUCGUAUUUCAAUGUCACAAGUGGCAUAUGAUGCAUUUGGAAAUUUGGGAUUAGUAUUGGUUGGGUUUUUCUUUAAUGCAUUAAGUGUGGGAUGUUCAAUACUUUAUUUGAUAUUGUCAGGAGAAAAUUUUAAAAUAUUAUUUAGUGAGAUUUUUGAUAUAUCUUUGGAAACGAAAACUUGGAUUUUCAUUUGUGCAAGUUUAAUGUGUAUUCCUUUUGUAAUGCUUAAAACUAUGAAAGAAGCUUCUUGGUUAAGUAUUUUUGGGACUAUAUCUACAAUGAUGGUCGUUUUUGUGGUAUUUAUUACCUCCAUUGUGGAAUUUCCAAAUAAUCGAGAUAAACAUGAACAUCAAUUUAUUAAUCUUCGGAAUAUACCUAUAGCUUUAGCAACAGUAUUUUUCAGUUAUGGUGGAAAUAUCGUAUAUCCUCAUAUUGAAUCAAGUAUGAAACAUCCAAGUGCAUGGCCAAAAGUGCUUAGUUAUGCCACUGCAACAGUAACAGUUUUUUAUCUAUUAGUUUGUAUACCAGCCUAUGCAACAUAUGGUGAUGCAACAUUAUCACCAAUUUAUAAAAGUCUUCCAUCAGGUUUAGCAGUAUUAAUCACUGUAAUAAUGAUAACAAUUCAUAUUUUAUUAGCAUUACCAAUUUAUCAAACAGCGUUUGCACUUGAAAUUGAGGAAUCUCUUUCAAUUAAUAUUACCACACUUGGUAAAAAUCGUGAAUUUUUAUAUAGAGCUAUAACAAGAAUUCUUACAGUACUAUUUACUGUCUGUAUAGCAGUUAAAUUUCCUUAUUUUGCUGAUGUUAUGUCUUUACUUGGUGCUCUUGGUAAUGGUGUACUAUUAAUUAUUAUGCCUCUAUCAGCUUGGAUUAAACUAUUUGGUUGGAAUCGACUUAAUGGCUGGAAAGAAAAAACUUGGGUAGUUUUUAUUUUUGUCUUUUCUGCUUUUGGUGCUAUUGUUGGCACUAUCGAUUCUAUUCGUGCUCUUUAUUUGAAUAUUACCAAAGAAUAG